AUGUCGGCAGAAGCAGGGAAGAUAAAAAUGUUCUCCUACUGCCCAACGAGCCACGAAGUGACGUUCGACUUCCCCGAAGACGUCGUGCUCGUCAUCGCAGUCUCGGGUGCCCUCGCGGAGAAGACGGGCGACGCCAUGGCCGACUACAACAACGCGGCCUUCCUUGCGCGCGACGCGGCCGCAGCCUGGUGCGAGGGCGCGGGGAGGAUGCCAUCCGGGCGACUCUUCGUGGAGGGCCGGCCGAACCUGGCGGAGGUGGUCCGGCACGUGCGGGCAGAGCUGGGCGGCGCGGGGGCCCAGGACCCCGAGGUGCGGGCCGCCGUGGGCGAGGCCAUCGCUAGGGUGGACGACGGGAACACCUUCGGACCCUCUGGCCGCGACGGCCCGGUGCGCUACCGGGCCGGCGCGCUGCGGGAGAGGUUCGAGCAGUUCUUCGACGAGUCGGAGGUGCUGACCAGGGGCAUCGCCAAGGCGUUCGCUGAGGCCGACUACGCCGCGCUGGGGGCCCUGGCGGACGAGAGCCACAGGCAGACGGUGGAGUGCCUGCGGAAUACCGUGCCCGAGACCGCGUGGCUCCCGGUGGAGGCGCGCCGGCUGGGCGCGCUUGGCGCGUCGGCGUUUGGCGCGGGCUUCGGAGGCAGCUGCUGGGCGGCGGUCCGCAGGCCCGAGGCGGAGGCGUUCCGCGCCGAGUGGGCCCGGGGCUACCGGGCGGCCUUCCCCCGCUGGGCCGAGUCGUCCGUGUUCUUCGCCAUGGCCCCGGGGCCUGGGGCCUUCGCGCUGUAG